AUGCACCAGUGCACGGUGUGCUAUAAAUUAUUCCCUAGACCGAGCGGGCUCGCGACGCACAUGAACUCCCACUCCGGCGCGAAACCAUUCAAGUGCCCGAUACCGACGUGCACGAAGAGCUUCGCGGUGCGCUCGAACGCGAAGCGGCACCUGCGCACCCACGGCAUCUUCCCGUCCGCCGAACACGCAAGCACGUCGCCCUCGCAGUUCACGGUCGGGUUCGACACGCCGCUCGUCAGCGAGGUGCACGAGGCGGGGAAGCUGCCCGCGAAGCUGCGCUGGGUGCCGCCGAGCCUCGCCGCGCGCUCGAACAUCGACUACCUCCGCGACGCCGCGAGCGACUCCGAGGACGAGUACUUCCAGCCCGCGUGCCCGCUCCUCCCGCUCCCGCUCCCGCCCGUCGCGCCGUCGAGCCCUGGGGAGCCCUGGGGCGCCCCCGGGGCGGACGACCGCUACGGCGAGGAGCGCAACAGCUUUGCGCAGGCGGACGCGGCGCCGUACAUCUCGAGCCAGGUAUGUGCCCGCGGUUGCUCGAUGUGGCUUUUGGAUGGAGGGCUGAUGAUGGUGCGAUUGUGA